CCUAUCAAUGCCAAUCAGUGCCACCUAUCAGUGCUGCCAAUCGUACCCAUCAGUGAUGCCUGUCAAUGCCCAUCAGUGCAGCCUAUCAGUGCCCAUCACUGCAGCCUCAUUAGCGUAUAUCACUGAAGGAGAAAAAUCACUUAUUUACAAAAUUUUAUAACAAAAACUAAGAAAAAAACGUUUUUGUUUUUUUUUUCUAAAUUUUCAGUGGUUUUUGGUUUAAGAAAAAAUAAAAAACCCAGAGGUGAUUAA